GCGAUCCCACGGUCUGGACGGCGAUUAAAGGUCACAAUCAAAAUGCCGCCCCCUCCUCCACCACCACCACCGCCGCCGCCGGGCAUGGGAGGACCUCCCCCUCCACCACCACCUCCACCUGGCGGCCUACCCACGAGACCACCAGCAGGUGCCGGCAGAGGUGCACUUCUUGGCGACAUUACAAAGGGCAGGGCGUUGAGGAAGGCAGUCACAAAUGACAGAUCUGCGCCCGUCGUAGGCAAGCCAGCCGGCGGCGGAGGCCCUCCCAUGGGUGGUGCGCCGCCUGUUCCGGGUAUGGGCGCACCAGCUGUACCCGGAGGACUCGCGCCGCCAGUACCAGGGAACCGUGCAAGAAGCAAUAGUGAUCAAGGCGCCGGCGGCGCCAGCGGCGCUGCGCCAACAAUGGAUGCCGCGCCUCAGCUUGGGGGGUUGUUUGCUGGUGGCAUGCCAAAAUUGAAAAAGAGGGGAGGCGGUGUCGAUACUGGAGCCACGGGAGAAGCCUCAUAUAAGUCGGACUCGGAGGCGCCGAGAGCACCAUCACUUCCUUCGGUACCAAGGCCACCAGCUGGAGGUGCCCCAGCCGUGCCGGGACGUGCUGUUCCUCCUGCACCUGCCGCCGUCGCCCAUCUUCGUAGUGUUGCUAGCGAUAGCCCUCGUCCACUUUCGAGCGCAUCUUUGAAAGGGCCACCGCCACCUAUUGGAAAGAAGCCGCCUCCUCCCCCGGGCUCACGAAAACCCUCAUCAAAUUUGUUGCCUCCGCCAGGUGCGCCGGCGCCUCCUCUGCCACCACCACCGCCGCCUUCUUCCGCACCGGCACCUCCGCCCCCUCCGCCGCCACCCUCGGCAGCACCAGCAGCUCCCUCAAGAAGCCCACUGCCACCACCGCCUCCAGCCGCACCGCCAUCCGCACCGCCAUCCGUCCCCGCGAGCGAUGGGUUCUCCUCGAGCAUUGCGGCUCAGGCAGCAGCGCUGCGCGGGGCGUCAUCGCCAUCAGCGGCUCCUCCAGCUCCUCCGCCUCCUCCUCCUGCUGCUGCGCCUCUUCCACCGACAUCUGCACCCCCGCCGCCAGCUUCGGUUGCAAGAGAAUCUGCUGUCGCAGGUAAUCGUGCCCGCGCCGGAUCGAAUUUGCGCUCGCAGAUGCUCGACCCUAGUGCCUACACUUUGGCGCCAACCAAUGGAAACGCGGCAAAAUCACAUAGUCCAUCGCCAUUGCACACCAGCGCGCCAAGUCCUCAAGAGCGAUAUAUUGUGCAGGAUUCGAGAUGGAGGUUUACUGUUGAUUCCAUGCUACCCAAACCUCGACCCUUUGUGGGAGGUCCCAAAAACUACCGUGCUGGCCGCGGAAGCAGUGUGCCGCUCGACCUGAGCACGCUAUAAGGACGCGACAACCAGGCACGACUAAUGCCGGCUUGACAGCCCGUUUUGUCAGCAGCACAACUUGCGUGCCUUGUGGAAAGAGAAAGGGCUUUGCUUCGGUAGGGCGACCGGAUGUGCAUAUAGCGUAGGCUUCUUUAUUCAAUGACUUCUAAGCCGCGUCCCCAAUAUAUACUACAGUCAGCAUGUGUUACUUGCCAGCUCAUUGGGUGCCGAUGGAGUGUAUGCGACUUAUUGAUAUGAUAUGGCGGCCGCCUUGGUCCGUCGCAAUCCGCUCAAAGUCGCGUGCGCUAUGGCGGCUUUGCGGUGCGGGUCGGUUGCCGGAGUCCGAGACCGCACUGGGCGGUGCGGGCUGGGCGGCUUAAUCCGCGGGCGGCGGAUUCGGAGCG